AUGCCUAAAUCAGACAGGCAUGAAUCGAUAAAGAGUGCAUACAACAACCCGGAAAAUGGAUGGCAGUUUCCUCCUUCAUCACACGUCUAUUGCAUUAGACACAUCGCGCAAAACUCCAUGUGCGAGAUUAAAGACAAGGAUCUGCGCAAAAUAGUUGUUAACAUGGGUUAUGCGUUAACAGAGGCAACAUUUAACUACUAUCGGGGGGAAAUCCGAAGAAUAAAUAACGACGCUUUAUCAUGGAUAGACAACAUCCCUCGGGAGAAGUGGGCAAGAACAUUUGACGGAGGGCAACGCUGGGGUCACAUGACAACUAACCUAGCAGAAGCAAUGAACUCGGUGCUAAAAGAAACCCAAAACCUUCCAAUCACUGCAUUGGUCAAAUCUACAUACUAUCGUUUAGGAUCACUAUUUGGUAGAAGAGGCCAUCAGUGGACAAAAAUGUUAGCCUCUGGGCAGGUUUUCACUGAUAACUACAACAAGGGGAUGGCUGAGGAAGUCAUCAAAGCUAACACGCACAACGUCAUGCAGUUCGAUCGAGAGAGAUUUUAUUUCAUGGUCCAAGAGAAGAUUAAUCAUAACGACGGUCGACCAACCGGAACAUUCAGCGUUGAUUUGAGGAAACAACACUGUGACUGUGGGAAAUUUCAGGCAUUUCACUUACCUUGCUCCCAUGUAAUCGCAGCAUGUUCGAGCAUACGCCAGGACUAUUCCAUUCACAUUUUAGACGUCUUCAAAAUUCUUAACGUCUUCAAGGUCUAUCAGGAGAGUUUCCUAGGACUUUCCCAUGAGGAGAAUUGA